AUGACGGUUCGCGGGACGAUCGAAAAUUCGGGGGAUCGGAAGGAGAGCAGAGGCCCAGAAGCCGUCAAAGCGCAAAUGAGCUUGGGGACGAAAACUUUGAGACGGAAGGGAUGGCGUAGACUAAGCCCGCUGAAGGAGAGAGUUGGAAGACAAGAGGCGGAGGACGACGACGAGGAGGAGGCAGUGGAGGAACAGGAGGAGGGACAACGACCGCAAAGUGACAUGGGUGGGAGGCGUGCGUGCGGUGAUGGACUUCGCGCCCGAACUAGCGCGGUACGGUCUUGUAACAGUAUCGAUGAUGUGUGGGAUGCUUGGAACAUUUAA